CGGCGAGUGUUGCGAUUUAAAGCAACUCAGUAUAGCCGCAGCGAUAUAUAGGCUAGACAAAAGGAAACCAUGAUAGUUUACGACAAAGAGUAAGACAGAUCAUGUCAGGUCAGCCGCUGUUUGUAUGGACUUUAACUCUGAUUUCGUCAGUUGUAUUUGGAAGCCCUUAUAGUGACCCACACUGUGCUCCAGGGAGAGAUACAUUCGUGCAGCUCUUCGAGUGGAAAUGGGAUGAUGUCAGACAGGAGUGUGAACGAUUUCUCGGACCGAACGGCUUUUGUGGUGUUCAGGUAUCUCCACCAAGCGAGAAUGCAAUUGUAACAAAUCCUUACCGUCCUUGGUAUGAGCGCUAUCAACCUGUCAGUUAUAACAUCAUCUCUAGAAGUGGCAACGAACAGCAGUUCAAAAAUAUGGUGACAGCAUGCAAUAAAGCCGGGGUCAGAAUAUACGUGAAUGUUGUCGUAAAUCACAUGACGGGUAGUGGAUACUCGGGGACAGGGGUUGGAGGAACUAAAUUCGAUGGCGGGAAAUGCAAUUACCCUGGAGUACCAUUUUCUGCUUGGGAUUUCAACGGACAAGAUGUAUGUUCAACUGGGGAUUUAGAAAUACAUAAUUAUCAGAACGCUAAUGAAGUCAGAAACUGCAGAUUAUCAGGAAUGUGCGACCUUAAGAUGGGCAAGGAAUAUGUCAGAGGAAAAGUGGCAGACUUUUUCAACAAACUGAUCGGUUUUGGAGUCGCAGGACUAAGAAUCGAUGCUGCUAAACAUAUGUGGCCGGGAGACUUAGCAAAUGUAUUUGCCAGAUUAAAUGACCUAAAAUCUGAUGUUUUCGGAGCAGGAAAGAAACCGUUUAUAGUCCAAGAAGUCAUUGAUCUUGGAGGAGAACCAAUAAAAAUGAGUGAAUAUGUGAGCACUGGAAGAGUAACAGAUUUUAUUUAUGGAGUCAAAUUAGCAGAAAUUUUCUUACAUCAUUCAAACCAAGCUAAAUGGCUCAGUAAUUUUGGCGAGGCCUGGGGAAUGCCAAACACCAAUGAUGCUGUUGUAUUCAUAAAUAAUCACGACAACCAAAGAGGCACUAAUCGUAAUGUAAUAACUUUCAAUGAGUCAAAACAACUAAAAAUCAGUACGGCAUUUAUGCUGGCACAUCCAUAUGGAUUUCCUAGAAUUAUGAGCAGUUACACGUGGAACAGCAACGGCGGAAGCAAUGACUGGAUGGGACCUCCGCAUAACACUGACAUGAGUACCAAAGAUGUAAUGAUAAAUGCUGACAUGACUUGUGCUAAUGGAUGGGUAUGUGAGCAUAGGUGGCGUCAAAUUUAUAACAUGGUGGCGUUUAGAAAUGUUGUUGCCGGUACAUCAUUGCAAAACUGGCAUUCUUUCGGCGAUAAUCAAAUUGCUUUUUCGCGAGGUGACAAGGGUUUUAUCGUAAUUGUCGCGGAUAACAGCCAUCUUGUUACGGACAUCAACACCAACCUACCGGCCGGAACAUACUGUGACGUCAUAUCAGGAAACUAUGAGAACGGGGCAUGUACUGGGAAGACGGUGAACAUAAAUUCUAACGGAAUUGGACAUUUUGAUGUCGAUGGCCAAACUGAGGAUCCAGUAAUAGCUAUACAUAUUGGUGCAAGGAUAGGAAGCCCGAAAAAAGUUUUGACAUGAAGAAGUUUAUUGCCUCUUGUUAAUCACGUCCAUCUAUUCCACACAGUUGUUCGGACAAAAUUUCAUUUUGAUGCUGAUUUUCUUCAUUCUAAAAUGUCAUAGUUCAAUGAACUGGGAUUUAAAACAAAAUAUUGUAUCACACUGGAGAAAAUAUAAUUAUUAUAUUAAACUACUAAAACAGC